AUGAUGACUAAGCCCGGCGUUCCCGCAGAACGACGAUCCGUUUGCACACCGACGAGCAUCGCCAUUAUAUUUGUCCUUUUCGUCGCCACAAUUUUCGUACUCGCCGCUGCACUAGUCCUAAUUUUGGUGUUAACUGUUGGGAAAUCUGCGAAAUGUGAUCAAAACGUGAAAGGUAUGGAACUCUCGAUAAAAACCACGUGGGACGGCCACCCGACAAACCAUCCGCCAACCGAAAUCAAACUCGGCUUCAAGGAGGGCGACAGUCCGGUGGUUACUAUUGAUUUUACUACCCCCUACUACAACGAUCCGCCUCCGCCAAAGCCAAAUGGAUAUACUGAUGGGCUCUGGGACUACGAGGUAGUCGAAGUCUUCGUCGCCAACGAUAAGCAAAAAUACGUGGAAAUGGAAUUCGGGCCCCAUGGGAAUUGGCUGAUUUAUUUGUUGGACGGCGUCCGGAAACCUUUUAAUAUGGGCGAAUCGCUAACACCAAAAGUGCAAAACAAACUCGAAGGUGACCUUUGGACGGCGCAUAUGGAGGUUCCGCUAGCUUUCUUCCCUCCAGAUGCCACAAGCCUUAACGCUUACGCCAUCCACGGCACUGGCGACAAUCGCGUCUACGAAGCGCUGAGCCCGGCUGUGGGAAAUUUCAGCGGGCCCGAUUUUCAUAAGCUACAGUUUUUCAAGAGAGUUGAUCGAUCGGCAUUUAUCCCUGCCUGCUUGGGCCCUGGGCCCUAUUCAAAUGACAAGCAGUACGGGAAUCUGUGGGAGGGCCAUCAG